AUGGGCGCAGAGAACUCGAAACCCUCUUCGGAGGUCAAGCAGCAUGUCUUCUCCUCAGAUCACCCGGUCCAGUUCUCGAACGGCCUGGUAGACUCGCUGCAGAAGAACACCUUCACGGAUGCCACGCGCUCGAAAGCACAGGAGCUGGCCUACCAGGAGCGCCUGACCGCCGAACUCGAGAAGCUGCGCGAGCAGGGAUCUCAGGAUUUCUCCAAGUUCAGCGAGACCCUGUCUGACGAGGAUUCCCAGCCGGCGGAACCCUCCUUCACAGAGAAGCUCGCGGACGCGACAUCUUCCUCCUCCACCCUUGCCGAGAAGAAGAGACAGCAGGAAAUGAGCAGGACGAGUGUCACAAAGGAGAUCGAGCAGCUGAGGAAGAAGCUCGAGCAGAGGAAGAAGCUGGACCAGGUUGAUGCCGAUCUGAACAAGGCCAAGGAGGAGGUUGUCACAUGCUUGAGGAUGCACGACCGCCGACCGCUGGACUGCUGGAAGGAGGUCGAGACGUUCAAGAGGGAGGUUGGAAGGCUGGAGCAGCAGUUUGUCGAGCGGACGAUUCGAUGA